CAGCAAUCGCACGAACAUUGUCACAAUGCCUUCUUUCAACAUUGUAGUACUUGGUGGUGAUGGUGUCGGACCCGAGGUCAUUGCAGAGGGCAUCAAGGUCCUCAAGGUCAUUGAGAAGCACACAGAUGUCUCGUUCAAUUUCCAAGAACAUCUGUUCGGUGGUUGCUCGAUAGAUGCCCACAACAACCCUCUGACUGACGAAACCCUCGACGCAGCGAAGAAGGCCGAUGCUAUCAUUCUCGGUGCUGUCGGUGGUCCGAAAUGGGGAACCGGCAAGGUCCGUCCUGAGCAGGGUAUCCUGAAGCUCCGCAAGGAACUGGGCACAUUCGGAAACCUGCGACCCUGCUUCUUUGCCUCCGACUCUCUCGUCGAGCAAUCGCCUCUCAAGGCCGACAACGUCCGCGGCGUCAACUUCAACAUCAUUCGGGAAUUGACCGGAGGCAUCUACUUCGGAGACAGGAAAGAGGACGAGGGCGAUGGCAAGGCCAUGGACACCGAACCUUACAGCGUCGAGGAGAUUGAGCGCGUCGUACGGUUAGCCGGAAACCUCGCCUCCGUCGAGGAGCCCUCGGUUCCCGUCUGGAGUUUGGACAAGGCCAACGUUCUCGCGACAUCGAGAUUAUGGAGGAAGACAUUCGAGCGCAUCAUGAAGGACGAGUACCCCCACCUCAAGUCCGGCACCCACCUCAUCGACUCGGCGGCCAUGCUUAUGAUCAAGAAUCCAAGGGCGCUGAACGGUGUCGUUGUCACUAGCAACUUGUUCGGUGACAUCAUCUCCGACGAGGCCAGUGUUAUCCCUGGUAGCUUGGGUCUGCUGCCCAGUGCCAGUCUGGGAGGCAUUCCGGACGGCAAGACCAAGCUGAACGGUAUCUACGAGCCCAUUCACGGUUCCGCGCCCGAUAUCGCCGGCCAGGGCAUCGUCAACCCCGUCGCUACCAUUCUGUCAAUGAGCAUGAUGUUCAAGUACUCUCUCUGCUUGCCCGAGUACGCCGCGAAGAUCGAUGAGGCGACAAAGAUCGCUAUCGACAGCGGCAUCCGGACAAAGGACAUCGGUGGUUCGUCAACAACAUCACAGGUUGGUGAUGCGAUUGCCGCCGAGCUUGAGAAGCUUCUUCAGAAGUGAGGAUCUGUUUACGACGUAUACGCAUAUAAUACCAAAUGACAACAGUUGAGCAACAGUACAGUGACUGCC